UAGUGACCAUAAAUGAUGCCAAAUCCCAAACUUAUUGUUUUUUGCAAAUUAUUCAGUGAAGUUAAUUAAAUUAUGUACUUUCUCCUGUGAAAAUGAACCUGGAAUUUAUUUCUACGUCUAUAAAACCCAUCUGUGAAGGUUGCUUGAGUGUCGAUAGGAAGUUAUCGCCAGUGUUUGAUGUUGAAAUUAGAGCGUUCUUUAAAGAGUUGGUUGACCCCCUUACCUGCUACUCUGAUGUCGAUCACCUAAAUCACCCUUCAGCCCUCUGUUGGGAGUGCACAGCGAUCAUAAAACGGACCCUAAACUAUAAGAAACAAGUUCAACAUGCCCACGGACUACUCAUUCAGUAUAUGCUACAUCACACCACAAACCCACCAGUACUCUCCAGUCUCUCUAUUUGCUCCAAUCGACCUGAAAACAUCGAUCCAGCUGAUCAAAAAAACAUUAUUACGAAUGUCCGUCCUACUAGCCCAUCUAAGAAUACAUCUGCGGUGACAAAAAAGAGUAGGGCGAUCGAACAACAGUUGACAAGCUCAGUAGAACCGUUGGAGUUUCUUAAAGUUGAGCAGAAAGACGAUGAGACUGAGUUCGAUGACUUAGAAGGGUAUUAUGUUGAGAAUGAUGAUACGAAUGAUGAUUAUGAUAAGGAUUUAGAGGCAAUCCUAAAAUCGACUACAGAUCAAGAAAGUAAAACAAAUGUCACAUCAAAAGGAAGGACGUCGGACGUGGAUGAGUUCGGGGAGUCCGAUGAAGAGCCUUUGAAGAAGAGAACAGAGGCAGAAGAUACCGAUGCAAAGAAAUACAAGCCCAGGGGGAAGAGAAAAAAGAAAAAUAAGACUGAGGACUCGAAACCGAAGAAAGCUAAAGGCAAGAGGGAGAAGCCUGCAGGAGUGGUGGAGCACCCUCGCGUGCUGAGGAAGCUGGAGCAGCUGAAUGUGCCGCGCGGACGGGUCCAGAUGGUCGUGCUGAGCUGGGAAGAGGUGGAACAAGAGAGACAGAAAGCCUUACAGAGCGAGUCUUUCACUCGGCACGAGUACCGCUGCGCCUCGUGCGCGCUCGGCUUCAACCACCGCUUCAAGCUGCUCAACCAUAUGAAGAAACACGAGCCCUCUGCGGGCGCGCUGGCGUGCCACGCGUGCGGCACGCGCUGUCGGGACGCGCACGCGCUCACUGCGCACAAACGCAGGCAUCGAGUCAGAUGGCGCUGCACAGUGUGCGGCGAGCUUAGCUCUCGCGCGGCGGUGGCGGCGGACCACCACGCGCGCGCGCACGGCAGCCAAACUCCCACACACACCUGCAGCCUGUGCGGACACACGGCGCCGACUCUAGGCAAGCUGCGGAAUCACAUGAAGAAUCACUCGGAGAGACCGAAGUGCGACCUCUGCGGGAAAACGUUCCGGGACAAAGCCUCCCUGCGAACUCAUUUAUUCAUCCACGGCGGCGAGAAGGAGUACGCGUGCGGGCGCUGCGGCAAGCGGUUCCUGUUCAAGAAGGCCAUGCAGCUGCAUCUCGUCACGCACGACGCGCCCGCGCACCUUUACUGCCACCAGUGUGACGUCACCUUCAAGAAUCGCAUGACGUAUUACCAACACAUGAAGUACAACUUGAAACAUAUUGAUCCUGCCAAACUUAAGCACGCGUGCGCCACGUGCGGCAAGAAGUUCACGAAAGCGGCUCGCUUGGAGGAACACAAUGUCGCCGUGCACCUCAAGACAACGCCCGUUAGUUGUACCAUGCCCGACUGUAGUUUCGCGUGCUCAUCGCGAACGGUGCUGCGAACGCACAUUCGCAUGGUGCACCGCAACCUGCGCGCCGCCAGGAACCACGUCUGCCACGCCUGCGGGAAGGCUUACAAGACCAAGACAUCGCUGGAGGGCCAUUUGCGCGCGCAUUCGGGCGAGCGACCGUUCGCCUGCGCACUGUGCUCGUCCACGUUCGCGUACGAGGCCGCGCUCUACAACCACAACAAGCUCGUGCACCAGAAAGGGAAGGUUUGUUGGACUUUU